AUGGCAUCAACUUGGGAAAUCGUUUCUUCUGCUUUUGGUCUACUUUUGUUCUUGGCUGUAGUAUAUGGUAUUGGGACGAGUUCUGGAUCAUUGAUAUCCUUGGAUGGUGGUCGAGAAUUAGAGAAUAUGUGUGAUGUCAUUUCCACAUUCGAGUGGAAAGAGUAUCAAAGAAGAAACGGUCAUACUAACUUUUUAGAUAUCUCAAUCCUCAUCGCAAGAUCAAUAUCCUCACAAGAAACAUCAACAAAAUCUUCCUUACAAUCAAAAGGUAUAACAUAUUCAAACGGUAGACUCAAAGUUCAAACGGAUAGAGCACCACUUUCAAGGGAAGAAUAUAUAGCUAGUACUCAAAGAGCUUUUGAAAAGGGUGCGAAAACUUUCGCUUUACAUCCUGAUGCUUUUAGAACUGGACCUAGUCAAUCUUCCGGAGAUAAUGGGGUGAAUGGGGAGAAAAAGGCUUUUCAGAGAACUAAGAAACUCGCUUGA